AUGUUCAGGUGUUUGCUCAGGCGUACAUUCUCUUGUACGGUAAAUUUAGAAACACCUUCCACAAUAAACAACCAGAAGAAUAGUAAAAAAAACUUCCUGGAUGCCAUAAACUUAACUAUGCCGGUUCUAGGCAUGAAAAAACAACAGGUUGAGGCGGAAUUGAAAAGUUUGGGAGAGGAACUUAGGAGUUGCGGCAUGUACCCAGAGACUGAGAAGUUUGUAAAGGCAGGAUUGCAGGACUUCCGCCUAAAUUUAGUGAAGAGCGUCCUCUCAGACAGCGCUAAGAUUAACCAGAUGUCCCAGUACAUACUUCAAACGCCCUCGAAGCUGUUCAGACCCUCACUAUCGCUGCUGACACACAGGCUGCUGCAGCCUUCCAACAAUGAUAUUCGGAGGCUCAUUGAGCUCUGUAAAAGCUACGAACUCAUCCACAUCGGCACCUUGAUCCACGACGAUAUAUUGGACGACAGCGCGAUGCGUCGCAAGGCGGAGACCCUGCACCUCAAGUUUCAAAUCAAAAGCUCAGUGCUGGUCGGGGACUUCCUGUUGGCCAAGUCGGCCAAGAUAGCGGCCUCCCUGGACUCAGUAUCAGUAAUUCAGAGGCUGUCGGAGACACUGAAGGACCUUAUAGAGGGUGAAAUGUUCAAUGUGGAUUUGAGUGAGGACAUGUGUAAAGACUAUUUUAAGAAGAUUUACAUGAAAACAGCCUCGUUAAUCGCAAACAACAUGGCGUCAGUGCCAAUCAUAUACACUGUAGAUAUGGAUGAUGGCCUAGUUGACCUUUUUCAUUUAAUUGGCGUGCACAUCGGAAUGGCUUUUCAAAUCUGUGAUGACCUGUUAGAUUACACCUCCACUGUAGAUGAUGCAGGAAAGCCGUUACUGAGUGACCUCAAAUCGGGACUUUUCACUUUACCCUUAAUCUGUACCAUAUACAAAGAUAACACCAUGAAUCGAAGCAUAAUAAAUCUUGUCAAGGAUGGAAGCUACGGUGAAGUUUUAAAAAUCAUGAACAACAAUGAUGAAUACAUUAAUCAGUGUAAACUAUCGAUUUACUACCACCUCUAUCAAAUAAAGUUGCUAUUGAAGGAGUUUGAUCCCAUACACUACCAUUCCCUCAUCAACUAUGUUUAUAACGUAGUUGAUAGAUCAUAA